CGAAUGCAAAGAAGUUUUACCUUUUUCCUACUUCGUAUGAAACAAUUUGGAUUCCUUUAUGAGAAUAUCUACACGUAUUAUAUCAUUCCUACUUGUUAAUUAACAACCUUAGACCUUUUUUUCUUUUUUUUUCUUUAAAUUCAUUCUCACCGUUAUCUGCCUGAUACUCACCCAGAUACUUGGGUCAGCUUAUUCCAGCUACCCUCUAUAUACGCCCUCUACAUCAUACCAAAAAUAAGAUCUGGCCCUACCUAUCGACCCAGGGAAAAACAGAAGGAAGGAAUAAGAAAGGGGGGGCCAAAAAAAUGGCACUAUCGAAGCGAACGAACUUCACAACGAUCUCGCCGCUGCCGGCGGGCGUGACACGGGAGGCCGUCAUAAGCUUCCUGCACAGCCACGUGGAGAUGAUCGACCUGAAUCCGCUGGUGAUCGAGCGGCACCCGAUCCCUCCGCCGGCCCAUGCGCCGGCCGAGGAGCAGCGGUGCGUGUGGUGGAGCCUGACGGACAAGAUAUCGUACCUGCCCGGCGGCGUCGCUACCGGCGACAUCACCUACACCGCCGCCUUCCACGAUCUCCCCACCGGCAUCCAGACCCACGUGUACGCUCCCAUGGGCACUGAGAUCCGCGAGCGUUGGAGCCUCAACGGCACCCUGCCCGGCGAGCCGCUCGAGCCGGUGGAGCUUGGCAUUGGGGCGCCGAGGCAGGGGCUUUACUUGCGCGAGGACGUCGAGCUAAGAUGCAACUUCAUGAUGUCCUCCUUCGUCAAGAAGACGCUGAAGAAAGCCCACGGGACCCUCGUGGCCAGGCUGCUGGAGAAGUCGCAGGUGACGAGCCGUGCCACCCCGGCGGCGGUGCAGGCCGCUGUGGCAACGCACCAUACCGGGUCCAGCGUGGGAAGCUACUCCUCUGCCACUAGUAACCGUGCCACCCCCACGUCAUCAUCAGGAGCAAGAGCAGGGUCGAUCCCCACGCACUCCGUACAGCAACGUCCGGGGUCGAGCCCGUAUGCUAGCCGGGAGACCGAGCCAUUCCAGGCGCACCCGUACGGUCAUAGGUCGGCAUUGAGCGCUGGUCAUCAUAACCAUAACCCCUUUCCCGAACCGCUACGUAUCAACCGGAUGCCAUCUCCGGGUAGUGCGGGAUAUGGGCAGUCCCAAGGAAGAGGAGGGGGAGGAGUCCCGCCCAGGAAGAAUGGGGAUUGGAAUGAUGCGCGAGCACAGGGCCAACAUCCGUCCAGGGCGGGGUUUGCGGCGGAGCUGGAGUGAUGGGUGAGGUCUUCUGCUGCUAGUGUUGCUAGCAGAUGAGCGAGCGAGCGAGCAAGUCAGUCUCUAAUUGGGGGAUAGGUUUAAGGGGAGUUUGUUUAGCAUUAUGGGCGUCUGACGGCGGUUCCUGGGAAGCAAGGUACAACAAGAUUGCCUGGGUAUCGGUACCUAUCUCAGCAUUAUACUCACGUAUCUACAGGAAUAGGAGUGUUGGCGGGAGCGAACAAGAUAUGGCUAAGGUUGUGCGUAGGUAGUUACUAGGUAUACCCCGAUAUUUUCUGGUUGUCGAAUCAAAUGUUACUAUCCACUAUGGUCGUUUGUUUGAUUGUUUUGCAUUCCAAAGGUUGUGACAGCAGAAAGCUACCUAGUAAGCUAUUAGAGAACGUACC